AUGGGGAAAGAAGUCCAGCUAAAGCCCAAGGCAAAUGUCUCUUCUUACAUCCACUUUUUGCUGAAUUACAGAAACAAGUUCAAGCAGCAGCAGCCAAAUACCUACCUUGGCUUUAAAGAGUUCUCUAGAAAGUGUUCGGAAAAAUGGAGGUCUAUCUCAAAGCAAGAAAAGGCCAAAUAUGAAGCCCUGGCUAAGCUCGACAAAGCCCGAUACCAGGAAGAGAUGAUGAAUUACUCUGGCAGGAAGAAGAAGAAGAGAAAGCGGGACCCCCACGCACCCAGACGACCACCAUCGUCCUUCCUACUCUUCUGCCAAGACCACUAUGCCCAGCUCAAGUGGGAGAAUCCAAACUGGUCAGUAGUGCAGGUGGCAAAGGCCUCGGGGAAGAUGUGGUCAGCAAUGACAGACAACGAGAAACAGCCCUAUGAACAAAGGGCAGCUCUCCUGAGAGCUAAGUACCAAGAGGAACUGGGCAUCUACCGUAAUGCCAGGAAGAAGAGCCUCCAAGGGUCGGCUAAGAACCAGCGCAGAGGGUUCAAACAAACUGAGUCAGACACAGCUGAUGGAUCCAAUUAG